AUGAACGGCACGGAGGGCCCCAACUUCUACGUGCCCUUCUCCAACAAGACGGGCGUGGUGCGCAGCCCCUUCGAGUACCCGCAGUACUACCUGGCCGAGCCCUGGCAGUUCUCCAUGCUGGCUGCCUACAUGUUUCUGCUGAUCGUGCUCGGAUUCCCCAUCAACUUCCUCACGCUCUAUGUCACCGUCCAGCACAAGAAGCUGCGCACGCCUCUCAACUACAUCCUGCUCAACCUGGCCGUGGCCAACCUCUUCAUGGUCUUUGGAGGCUUCACCACCACCCUCUACACCUCUAUGCAUGGAUACUUUGUCUUCGGGGCCACGGGCUGCAAUCUGGAGGGCUUCUUUGCCACGCUGGGCGGUGAAAUCGCCCUGUGGUCCCUGGUGGUCCUGGCCAUCGAGCGGUACGUGGUGGUCUGCAAGCCCAUGAGCAACUUCCGCUUUGGGGAGAACCACGCCAUCAUGGGCCUCGCCUUCACGUGGGUCAUGGCACUGGCCUGCGCUGCACCCCCACUAGCCGGCUGGUCCAGGUACAUCCCAGAGGGCAUGCAGUGCUCGUGUGGGAUUGACUACUACACGCUCAAACCGGAGGUCAACAACGAGUCCUUCGUCAUCUACAUGUUCGUGGUCCACUUCACCAUCCCCAUGAUUGUCAUCAUCUUCUGCUACGGACAGCUGGUCUUCACAGUGAAGGAGGCGGCUGCCCAGCAGCAGGAGUCAGCCACCACCCAGAAGGCCGAGAAGGAAGUCACGCGCAUGGUCAUCAUCAUGGUCGUUGCGUUCCUGAUCUGUUGGCUGCCCUACGCCAGCGUGGCAUUCUACAUCUUUACCCACCAGGGCUCUAACUUUGGCCCUAUCUUCAUGACCAUCCCGGCAUUCUUCGCCAAGUCAUCCUCCAUCUACAACCCGGUCAUCUAUAUCAUGAUGAACAAGCAGUUCCGGAACUGCAUGCUCACCACUCUCUGCUGUGGCAAGAACCCACUGGGUGAUGACGAAGCAUCCACCACUGCCUCCAAGACGGAGACCAGCCAGGUGGCACCGGCCUAAGCCCUGCCAAGGACUCGCCGCCGACUGUAGGAGUCUCCCGUCCCCUAACACCCACCCUCAGCAACAGCUGCCCGCCAGGAUCUGUGCCUGUCAGACCAGGUCUCACAGGCUCCAUGAGUUAAAAAAAAAAUUACCGAGGCUCUCCACCCCUCACGAGGACGGCUUGAUCUGGAGUCCUGAGUUCCCAGGGCCAGUGGGAUCUGCACCCUCCUUCCCACAACUCCUCUCUCAGGAACAGAAGAACUCUUGCUGUCUGGAAACGUGUCCCAGCUUAGGGAUAAGUAUCUAGCAGAGUGGGGCACACAGUAGGUGCUAAAUAAACGCUAGAUGGAGGGAGGAAGGACUGAAUGGGGGAAUGAAUGAAGAGCUGGACGGGCAGGGAGAGCAUAUCUAGCUUCUAGAAACCGCCUCAGCAGCAGCAGUUCCAUGGCUGACGACCUUGAGCAAUUGUUUUCCU